AUCCAUAGUACCUAUUUUACUCCACUAACUUAAGGUUAGUACAGUAUCUACCUACAUACAUCAAUUAGUAGUACGUCGACACCAUAAAAAAUAAGGACGGAAUUCAUAAUGAUAUUCUUUACAUUGACAAUUGUCCUUUGAUACUCGAUUUUCUGUUCUCCCAUUUGCCUUCCAAAUCUCACAUGGAGCUUGCACGGAACAAAGGUUCCAAAGCGUCUUCAUGACUCGAAACAAUCUUCGCGAUCAAUUAACUUGGCUUUUCGCGAAUGUUGCUCUAAACGCGCCAAACACGCCUACUCUUCCACUAGCUCGCGAUCAAAAUCCUUCCGAUAUAACCUCUACCUUUAGCCGAUCUAAUACUUCACGUCCUGAGACGCGUACUCGAGAUAUUCCGGAACCCCCUCUAUAUCCAAUUCUUCCCGAUACGCGACCCCCGCACGUAGAACCGACUGAUGGGUCGACGGAACCGUUGGCGAGACCACUCGACGUACCCGAGAGGGAUCCGGCAGGAGGAAGAAUGGGGCGACUAGUAUCCAAGUCUGGAUCGAAACGACCGAAUCUCAUUUUACGACAAGAGCAAUUACUCUCUCCAACCUCCACUAGCGGAGCGGGGUCUCUUACCAGAGAGUACACUUCAUUGCUCAAGAACUCGAGCGUUUCGAGCUCGGCUAAGAAAAGAUCCUCACCCCGGCGCCAAUUUCCAACCCCAGUGCCAACACUGGGGAGCGACCGAACCUUUGACACCAUCGAUUUGACCAACGAUGACACGCUGACUUCUCCCAAUUCUGUUGCAUUUGGAAGCAACGUUGGCUUGUGGCGUGAAGAUUUUGCUGCACGACCUGGGCCAGUUUCUACGACAACUGAGAAUUCAGUUGCCUUUGGAACCGAUAUCAUGGUCUGGGAGGAGGAGCAUGCUAUGCGGCCAGCACCUGUUCCACCUGUUCCGACGACAGAAAAUUCGGUAGCUUUCGGAAGCGAUAUAGCGAUAUGGGACGAAGAACAUGCUAUGCGGCCAGCACCGUUGACGCCUAAAAGAGGUAAAAAACGGAAAAGUGAUCAAAUUACCCAACCGCCUACUACCACUGCUCCUGGCCCAGAUGAUGAAUUUCCGGACAUUUACGAAAUAUUGUCCGAGGAUGACGGCCUACUGUCUCAUCUCAAGAGAUCUCCCACAAAAUCACCAGCCAAAUCAAAAGUGAAGACCGCUGUCACCCCGACGCCGUCGAGAUCCUUACUUUCACCAAAGAAAGAAUCCAGCCGUCGACCCAAACGAGAGCCUGAUGUCUUGGACGAUCUAUCACCUGUUGAUUUUGAGCAUAUAGUAAAGCAGUCUCCACUCAAACCAACCCGGAAGCGACAUACCUUUCGUGAUGCAACACCCAUUGUUGAAGAACAGGCCGAGGGCUCUUCUGGACUUGCUUCCGCUCUACAAGAAACCCCAGAAACCCCCAAAGGGCGGAUGAAGGAGCGACCUCAAGUUGUAAAGUCCGAUGAUCGAGUUAUUAUGGAUUCAGAUGAAGAACCUAUAACGCCACCUAAUUACAACCUAUACGAAAGUAUAGCUCAGUCAAGUGGCCCCCCUAGGGUAUCCAUUCAGCUGCCACAAGAUCCUGAUCACAUUGUUGCUUACAAUACACCCGCAAAGCCGAGGCAGACUACUCAAACAGAGAGGCGUACGCCAUUUCGUUCGCCGAGAAAGCCUGAGCGCAGUGCAUCUUGUGGGGUCAAGUCAACAAUUAGCUAUGAUCAAGAUAUAAAAGGAGGCCUCUCGCAAGGAUCCCAGCUCGCAAGUGAACCGAGUACUGUGGUCGAUCAGGAAGAGAAGGACGCUAUCCUAGAACUCUUCCUGGCUCGGCCGUUUGCUAUUCACACAAGGAGACUUUUCUUGGAGCAAAAAUUUCAAGAAAAUAGGGAAGCUUACGUUCGAGCACUUACUAAAGGGGAUCAUGAGCCAAGAAGUCGGCUUAAGCGAGAGAAGGAACGUCUAGCACAACAACAAACAGCCUUAGAAGAGCUAUCUCGUGAAUAUCGUUUAUACGAGGAAAUUCAAGUUAAGAAAGAGGCGUUGAUUACGCGAAUUUCGGAUGCCUACGACCAGGAUUUGGACACACAGGACGAUGAGAGUCGGCUAGAAGAGUUAGAGGGCGUGCUAAAGGAGCGCAGGGUAUCACUAGGUGAUAGCCUCGUAAAGGCGGGCAUUGAUAGGGGUGUGAUUGAGAGUAGCGAGUCUGAGGAUCCCGCAAACGCCCUUGGCAACCCGUUUGUACAAGCAACGCAGGCUCUCCCAACAACCUUUUCGCGAGAGACCACUCAAAUUCCCAGGGGUAGCACCCAGGUGAUCUUUCAAACACAGCUCCCUCAACAGUCAGGCCUUCCUCGAUCCUUAGGUGGUCAGAAGUACGACGAGGUGCCAUUAGCGACCCAAAACUCCUCGGUUGGAACCCAACGCCGUCGCGUUGCCUCCCCUCCCGCCGGACUUGAUGAAGACCAGGAGCCGCUUUUCACCGCAGCCACCAGCAAGUUAACACGAGCAUCAACCCGUCAGAAGUCGACUGCGCCUGUGGAAGUAGGCCCUUACACUUUUGACGACGAUGAUGAGCUCUUUGCCGGCCCGCUGCCUCCGACAAGCCGCCGAACAACGAAAAUGACUAUGCACCCUCAAUCAACAAGUACCAAGACCCAAAAGAGCCCUACGAAAGCUAAGCCUAGUCGCCCACGAGGCUACCAGAGUGACUAUAGUGACGACGUCGAUAUGGUUCGAUUUGCGGAGGAAUUUGAACUUCGACAAUCGUCAUCAGAAAACAAGCAACCCAAUGUUGAUCGUCCAGCGCUCUCAGAAAUGUCAGAAAAUAUAGGUGUUCGACCCCCAAAGGCAUCCGUCAUGAAGCCCACAGACAUAGUGACGCUGGACUCAAUUCCACGCGAAAUCAAAACUCGUCCGUGGUUCAGAGAUGUGAGAAAAGCCCUGAAGGAUAGAUUCAGAAUGACCGGGUUCAGGCACAAUCAAGUGCAGGCGAUCGAUACAACUUUGGCAGGCGAAGACGCUUUUAUCCUAAUGCCUACGGGCGGUGGAAAGUCGCUCUGCUAUCAACUUCCAGCCGUCAUCACCAGCGGAAAGACACAUGGUGUGACAGUCGUGGUAUCUCCUCUCAUCAGCUUGAUGCAGGACCAAGUAGAACAUCUCAAGGCGCUAAAUAUCAAAGCAUCUGCCUUCAGUGGUGAAACAACAAAGGAAGAUCGCCAGAACAUACUAGGAGUCUUGAGGCAACAGAACCCGGAGCAUACCAUACAGCUUCUCUACGUCACCCCCGAAAUGAUCAACAAAAGCCAAAGUUUUAUUGGUGGGUUAGAUGCUCUUUAUCAAAACAAGAAGCUUGCCCGUCUCGUCAUUGACGAAGCUCACUGUGUGAGCCAAUGGGGACAUGACUUUCGCCCUGACUAUAAAGAACUUGGCAGCUUUCGGGACAGCUUUCCUGGAGUACCCUUAAUGGCCCUGACGGCUACGGCGACACAAAAUGUCAUCCUAGACGUAAAACACAAUCUGGGGAUCGAGCAUUGUGCGACGUUUUCGCAAAGCUUCAACCGUCCUAAUCUUUAUUACGAAGUAUUGAGAAAGGAAAAGGAUAACAUUGAAAGCAUUGCUGAAUUAAUCGAAACGAAGUAUAGUGACAUGACAGGCAUAGUUUAUACUCUGUCUCGCAAGUCUGCAGAGAAGAUUGCAGAGAAGUUGCGAGGCUACGGCAUAGCAGCCCGGCAUUAUCACGCAAGCAUAAAGGUCCCAGAGAAGGUCCAGGUCCAAAAAGAUUGGCAGGCUGGCAAAGUCAAGGUUGUUGUGGCCACUAUAGCCUUUGGAAUGGGAAUUGACAAGCCCGACGUUCGCUUUGUUAUUCACCAGUCUAUCCCAAAGAGUCUUGAGGGAUACUACCAAGAAACUGGCCGCGCCGGCCGAGAUGGCAGGCAAUCAGAAUGCUACCUCUAUUACAGCUACGCUGAUGUGGCAUCCCUGAGGAGGCUGAUCACAGAAGGUGACGGAAAUGAAGAGCAGAAGGAAAGGCAAAGAAAUAUGCUGAACACAGUGGCAGCCUUUUGCGAUAACCAGAGCGACUGCCGCCGAGUUGAGAUCCUCCGGUACUUUGGGGAGGCCUUCCCCAAAGAACAAUGUGCCCAAACCUGUGACAAUUGCCGAAAAAAUGAAGUGUUUGAGCAAAAGGACUACACCAGAUAUGCGGUGGCCGUGUUGUUGAUUGUGUCGUCCCAAGGAAAACUGACGCUCAAUCAAUGUACAGACUUCGUGAUGGGAAAGAAGAAACUUUCAGAGUACAAGAAAGGAACUGAGGAAUACCGUGGGAUUGCCAAACAGAUGCCAAAGCAUGAAAUCCAUCGUAUCAUCGACAAACUUGUUGCUGAGGAUGCUUUAAGGGAAGACAAUGUGUUUAACAAGAAGGCUAGGAUGGCUAUCCAAUAUUUUAGAGUCGGGCCUGGGUCACGAGCGUUGCUGAACAACCAACGACAGCUUCUUCUGACAACCCGAGUUAAGGGCAAGGAGAGUCAGGGCGGCACGUCUAAGAGGCCAGCUACGGCGGCGACUAAACGAUCUGCCUCAAAAAACAUCCCGUCCACAAACGUCUCGUCCCCAGUUGCAAGUAGAGACCGGAAAAAAAAGGGGAAGGCUGUGGUGACCCCAGACAUCGAAGAAAGCGACGAUGACUACUCUAAAUUUAGCAAUGGUUAUGCUAAGGAUGGGUUUGUGGUCCCUGACGACGCGUCUGACGAUGAUUUCGAGACGAUGGUGCCCCCUCGACCCAAGGCUCGAAAGUCACGAUUGCCGAUGGGACCGCCCAUUUUGAACGAUGUGCGUAUGGAGGGCGCUGGCUUGGAUGGUAUUCAUGAAGACAUCCUUGGCGAAUUCAUCAUCGAAGCGAAAGUUACUGAAGAGAAAACUCGAAAUCUGAGAAACUUGCGUACGCCUAUUUUCACUGAACAACAGCUUCGGGAAAUGGCCAUAAGGUGGACCGUUUCUUUGGAACAGAUGUGCUUGAUCCCAGGUAUUAACGUUGAUAAGGUGAAUAGAUAUGGCGAGGCUCUCUUACCCCUGAUUCGGCGUUACCACAAGCAAUAUCAACAGAUGAUGGGCCGGAAUGAUCCCCGAGCACCCACUGCGGCAUCGGGAUCUCGCAAUGUCGUGGAUCUCGUAUCGACUGAUGACGAAUAUAUGGAUGACAUCGACGAUGAUGAUCUGGAGCCAGACUUGGGCAAUGGGGGUGCGGGUGCAAUAUCAUCCUACUUCGCGCCUCCUACCAGUGGACGCGCAAAGCAGGCAGCGAUAGGGACAGGGGUCGCAUCUCGUGCACGCUCGGCGUCUUCCGCACCGAAGUCGUCGAAAGCGAAUGCCUGGCGCGGUUCUAAGAAAACGUCCCAACGGAGAACAUCGGGCGCCUCUAGCAGAGGCGGUAGGUCAUCGUAUAGCGGCGUCAAGAAGGCGUCUACGAGCACCCGGAAGACCGCAGCUGGUGGUAGUAGGGCGAAGUCGCAGGGCGCGGGCUUCAAUAGCAUACCACUUAUGGAACAUUGAUUAAGCUUUAUUCUUGUUUGGAGCAUUGGGCGUUGGGUGGCGAUGAUGGGGAUGGAUGGCUUGAUGUGAGGUUCGGCUCAGCCCUACCUCGGCUUAUUCAAACGGAGUAAAAUAAAUAGGUAGAUGUGAGAUGUGCUUAUACCCUUACACACUUGCGCACGCACAUAUCCAUAUAGCACCUAUGAUCACUUUCAUCUUCAACACGUAACACUACUACUACACCCCACACCAGUGGGAUACCUUCUAACAACACACUUUUCACACAACACGAAUGGAUCACAUGGUAUAUGGAAAGCAGGAAAGGAGGCGAAGACUCGGCGUGGCACGGCGUGGCAUGGCGUAUUUGUAGUAGGCCGGCCGGGGCCUCGGUAGCUUCUUGAGAGAUGCUUAACGUUUUGACGACUAUUUACAUAUCUAUCUGCCC